AGUAAAACCAGUCUAAAGCUUUUGUUUCGGUUCGUGGGACCAGACUUCAGACCGGUUUACCCAAACAGUUUAAACAGACACCAUGAGUGACGGCCCUGUCAACACGCUGGUUCUGAUCGGUGUGGGAUCCAGCUUCGUCUUAUCCAGCCUGUUCUAUCGUUUAUAUCAAGAUAAGAAGAAGGAGCUGGAAAAGCUGAAGAAAAUACCCAUCUUCAAACCAGACAGACAUCUGCUCCACGUACUGAAGGCGUCGCCCCACAGGAGACUCCAGUAUGUUGCUGUCGAAGGCCUGGUCCAGGCGGACGGGGAGCCUCUGGCCAGCCGGUUCGUCCCACGAUGCUUUGGUGUGAUUCAGAAGAUCAGCGUGGAGGAACACUGGAAAUACUGGAACAACCUCACCAGGACGUGGAAUUCUAGGACAAUGAAUCAGAAAGAGACCAGCAACUCUGUGCCCUUCAGCCUGAUCAGCCCUGGCGCCUACAUGACUGACCUGUUUGUGAAAGUGCAGAGCCCUCUGGAGGCCGGUGGCUGCCCCCUGGAGAGGGUCUACAACAGAGUGAGACGUUCUGAGGAGGGCUUGGUGACCCUGGCGUUGCAGGGCCUCGCCGGGGAGAAACCUGUGGCGAUGGUGGAGAGCGAGGAGCUGCUGCGGGUGGGGAGCAUCCUGACCGGGUUCGGGGAGGUGGUGCUGGAGGGAGGCCAGGUGAUGAGGCUGCAGGCGCCGCAGGACGACCGCAAAUUCAUUCUGGUAGCCACCGACUACAGGAGCUUUAUAGACAGGCACGAGAGUUCAGCCACCAUGUGGAAGACGCUCACUGCCGUCACCGGCCUCACGGGGGCGUCUCUUCUAGCAGGGAUCAUAUACAACUUAGGAAAACAGGAUGACAGGUCAAAGAAGGCUUGAGGAGGAGGGUCCUGCAGGAAGCUGUGUCAGAUGUUUGGGUGUAAAACGGCCUCGGGUGUUUUGUCAAGUUAGGUUCCCAUCACACGUUUUUGAUUUUGGAUGUUUUGGAUCAAAAUACUGUCGCAGCUAUAGAUUUCUUUCACUGCAGACAAGUGCUUUCUAACUAAAGAGCAGGCGAAUGUCUUUUUAUAGCUGGGCAAUAAUUCAAUAAUUAUAACAAUAGCAUUUGCAUCAAUAACAAUGUAACAAAGGUAAUGCAUUGUGUAAGCACUGAGGAGGUAUAGCACAAAAUCUUUUUGUCAUAUACUAUCAGAUGCCGACUGAAACUUUAGAUAUUAUUUUUGGCCAUAUUGUCCAGCCCUAAUGACUGACAAAAUAUAUUAACAAGACCUAAACCAGGAUAGCAAGCAACAGUAUUUAUUGUUUGUGAUCAGACAGAUCCCAAGUCAAUAAUGUGUUACUUUGUGUACUUUAAAGUAUUCUGUGGUAUUAUGUUGUAUUUUACUCGAGGCUUGUUGUGUUUUGCUCCUCAGAGUCUCCAAACUAAUCCGGCCACUUCAGAAAUGUGCUAUCUUAUCUUUCUCUAUGAUAAGUCUCCAUCAUACACAAAUCCUUAACCUGAUGAUGUGAACCAAGUCUUUUAAGUGUUUGACUAUUUCAACUAUUUCUUCUGAUGCUGGUGUUGAACUCGGGGUCUGAUAAAGACAAUUCAAAAGUCGGUAAUCCUAAAAGUGUCGACACAGAGAAGGUGAAUGGAGCCUUGAAUUCCUAACAGAGACUGUCACUAAAGCUUAGUGAGGGAACAAAUCAUAGAAUCAUACAUUUAAGUAUUUUAUUUCCCACUAUUGAUCAACUUUAAAAGUAAUAAAAUCAAAAGGGAAAAAGUUUUUUAUAAAUAAUUUUGCAGAACUAUUAUAGAAAGCAUUAUUGUGAGAAAAUCUAAUUCAACUAACAUUUUUAGGAUUGUUUUGCUUUUAUUUUUCUUUACGGGGCUUUUUCUGUGAAUCUGAUCAGAGACAUAAUUGUCUGAGAUUCCAGACAGUAAAUCUGAAUAUACUCUGAUUAAGACCACAUUGAUUUAGCUGCUUUUUUUCUACCUCUUAAAUCAUUAAGAUUUGACUCUAUUGCCAUUUAUCCUUUGGUCAGUUUGUAGAGGCUGAUGGAAACAAACACUGAUGGAAAGAAUUCCUUCACAGGUGGUGGUUUUACUUGUGUCUGUAAUAUUAACUGUAAUAAAAAUAUAUUUUCAAAUCAGA